AUUGGAUUCAAAGGGGGAGAGAGCCUCGCACUUUAAAGUGCCGCCGAGAGUAAGCUGCAGCGUUUUUAAUGUGGUAUCAGUGAGAGAGGGGAGAGCAGUGCACUCGAGCAUGCCUCGCUCCGCCGUUCCAGUCGCCCUGUGACAGCUCUACUGCAAACUCUUUCAAGAAGAUACUCCUUUCAUUGGCGAGAGUUUUCUUUGUACUUGUGGGAUUAUUAUUUGUUUUCCUUUUUUUUUUCCCUUCUCUCUCUCUCGCUCUCGCUCACCCUCCCCGCUUCGUCAAAGGAAGAAUUACAACCAAAAACUCCAAAUGCUUUUCUCGGCGAGGAAGCGAAGGAGAAACUAUUAAAGCAGCUGCUGAAAAUGGGCAAGCUUCAAUCAAAACAUGCCUGCAAGCGGAGGGAGAAUCCCGAAGGAGACAGCUUCGUGGUGAACGCCUAUCUAAACCGCCAGGGUUUGGAAGAGUAUGAGGGGCAGAGAGGUUCGAGCUUGGUCCCGGAGCAAGCGAAGCAGCGCGGAUGCAGACCCCUCUCCACGGAACUUCUGAAUGGAGAACUGAAAAGUGGCCAGUUCCUGGAUGACCAGUGCCCCCUAGAGGUGGUGCUUCCCCCAGAAAAGAUACAACCAGGCAAUGGAAUUACGUCAACUUUCACUCAAGAAGACGGAGAAAAGUGUCCCAGUAAAGAGACCUGUAAAGGGACAAGCAAGAAGAGGCUGAACUUUGAUGAUAUGUCCAGCCUGAUGCACACAAUCUAUGAGGUUGUAGAUGCUUCGGUUAACCAGUCAUCCAGCAGCAGCAAGACUUUGAGGGUCAAACUGACAGUCACCCCUGAACCUUCUCAAAGGAAGAAAGAUGGCCUUGCCAACGGUCAGGGUCAGCAAAGCAGCCGGAGCAGGAAUGAAGUCGAACAUGGAGAGGAAAUGAAGAGUCCAGACAAACGACUGUCUGCCCAGCUGAGGUACUGGAGGCUAAACCAUUUCCUCAACACUGGAUUUAGAAGAUACAACAGUGAACAGCAGCAUUCAAAUAUCCGUGAACAGUACUGCGUGGAUGAAAAUACAGAGAGAAGAAACCAUUAUUUAGACUUGGCUGGGAUAGAAAACUACACAUCUAAAUUUGGACCAGGGUCCCCUCCAUUGCAGACCAGGCAAGAACACCAUGGAAAACCCCCUCACUCUCAAAGCCGGUCUCGAUCCCAGGAAUCGGAGACCCAUGGCUGCCACCAGCGUCGAUCGCAACUCCUCCAGGACCAGCCCUCUCCAGCCAGUGCCGGCGAGCUCCGCUCAAGCGAAGCUCACCAGCGGCUGAAGUGCCAGGAGAAGUUGCUCGGGAAGUCUCCCAAGGGGGCGAGCAAGGUUUCCAACGCACCUGGCCAGAGUAGCGGGAAUAAGGCGGGGAAAGGCGUCCACUACCACUCCCAGCCUGCCCACCCGGGCCAUGACCAUUAUCAUUUCCAGCAGCAGCAGCAGCAGCAGCAACAACAGCAGCAGCAACAACAACAGCAGCAACAACAACACAGCCACAAAAAGUACCGGCAAAGAAUGAAAGACACCGGCCACUCCCCGCUGAAGACGGCCCACGUCCAGCCCCUGGCACUGGAGCAGGAAUUCGUACGCGACCUGCCGCCGAUCAUCCCCAGCGAGGGCUACGUCAUGCCGGUGGUCCAGAGACACGAGCACCAUCACCACCACGAGCACCAUCACCACCAUCACUACCACCAUUACCAUCAGUCGUGAGGAGCGGGCAACAGCGGCAUGAAAGCAAGAUAAAUAAAAGUCCCUGCUUGUGGGCUGUGCCAUGUCUCUCCCCCACCACUACUCUGCUCUCUACAUUGCAGAAGAAUGGCGGUGGACAUUUUCGAGUUGACACAACGAAGCAACAGUUGAGGACUCCCUUCGUCUGAACUGAUACACGUGCAAAUCUCUUUAGGGUUUCUAAUCACUUUGAUGAUAUCCUCGUCCCCGAUGCCUGCAUGGCCUGGGGGAAACGUGAAGCUCCUGGCUACACAAAAGACUACCCAUCACAAAGCACAGGCCUACUUUAUCUUUUUAUUCAUUCAUAAUGACAUUUGAGAAAUAAUCCAAGAAGAUUUGAAACACCACUGCCAUUACUCUGCUGCAUAAGAAAUAUAAACAUCAGAAUUAUUGUUUUGUCAUUAGCUGAAAUGGACUUCUGUUUCCUCUUUACCGGACUUGGAAAUAUUUCGGCUCGCCUUGUCCUGUGGUGCUGCAGAUAUGAGCUACCAUGAUGAACCAUCAGUAAUGGAGCCAUCAACUCAAAGCACAAAUGGUUUAGUGAAUUGCUUCCUCUGUCAAAGCAAGAUUAGCUUUACUGUGGGACACCAAAUGUUGAUGUUAUGAACCAGAACAUAGAUUAGUCUAUCAGCAUGUAUUAAAAAAUACCAUAAGGAUGAAUGUAACACAUAGUAACCAUUGUUAAAAAUAUAAUUUAUUCAUAUAUUGAUAAAUCUUUUAUUUUUAGUUAUCUUGCUAACAUUAUCAAUUGGGUCUCGUUUUCAUAGGGAAGUAUUUGACAUUUUUUUUUAGUUCUUAAGGAACACUCUUAUUUUUCUUGUACUUCCUGUGCAUAGUGAUCCAUUUCAGGGCAAUGUGCCUUUACAAGCCAUUUGCAAGAAGCUUUGCCAUCCCAUUUUCACCUGUGGGAACUGUACACCUUUCAUUAGUUAGUUAUGUUGUGUUUGUCAAUAGGCUGCCCACACAGUGGCCUCACCUUGUAUUAAACGUAAAGUUCUAUUUCACCCUAGGUAAAGUUGCUUGCAAUACACCUCAUUGUAUUUGAACGAUGAUUGAUAAAUCUUGACGGUAAGAAUAUUUUCACCUCUGCCGCUACCAAUACUUUUGAUUAAAACAACGGUCUGGGGAAGUUGACCAUUAAUCAAUCCAAGGAUUAAAUUUCCGAGUACACUUAGAGCAGACCAUUUCAGCAACCGAUGUGAUCUUAAAAAUACUAUUACCUAUCUAGGUAAUGCUGUUUAUGCCCCAUGUUAGAAUCACUUUGCAACCUGUUAAUCAUGCAAAACACCACUGCCUUGUAAAGUUGACAGAAUGUUUCUGUACUCCUGGUCAUCAUAGAAAUGUACUGAAAACUUGGGUCACAAUCAAUUUGGCUCUGAUCCAUUUAUUUAAGAACAAAGGCAGUAUGUUACUGUAAUACAUACAUUCCAAUGUUGUGUGGAUUUUUCCCAUAUUAUGUUGACAGUAUUUUCCCAGAUAUGUUAAAAGUAGUCAAUACCAUAUUGUAGUGAUAUUUUUGUAAAAGAAAGGACCUUUCUUAAUAGUUCUACUUUAUUGGAAUUCACUGUUUUUUGUAUAGUGUUGUAUAUUGACUUAAUUAAAUGUAUUAUUUAUUUAACAGAAA